AUCCCCUGCCAAGCCAGAGUCAGAGUCAGAGUCUUCGAACUUGUUUGUCGAGAAAAACCAACCACCACCACUGCCACCACCAGCGACACGAGAGGAACACAGUCCAAGCAGGCGACGAUCUCUGAGUAAUUUUCUCGGCAGGUGGUGGUGCGACUUGCACUUGGACUCUCCCUUGUGCUCUCGCGCUGAGCACGAGACUGAAUUGAGAGAGAGAGAGAGCGAGCGGACGGCACGUGCAACUAUAAAAGGCCGAGUAACUGGAGACGAUAGCAACAUUCUCAACGCAAACGUCGUGAAGUAAAGAUCUCUCAAACACUCUACAAAAAAAAAAACAAAAUAAAAUGGCAACCAAAUACGAAAUGUCCAAAACCUACCAAUACCGCAAGGUGAUGAAACCUCUGCUGGAACGCAAGCGUCGGGCACGCAUCAACAAGUGUCUGGAUGAACUGAAAGAUCUGAUGGCCGAGUGUGUAGCCCAACAGGGUGAUGCCAAAUUCGAGAAGGCCGAUAUUUUGGAGGUGACAGUACAACAUUUGCGCAAACUGAAGCAAUCCCGCCAAGCAGCAGCAGCAGCUCCAGAAACAGUUUUGCCUGAACAAUCUUUCCGUGCUGGUUAUAUUCGUGCUGCCAAUGAAGUUUCCCGUGCUCUGGCUACCUUGCCCAAAGUGGAUGUUGCUUUUGGCACCACACUAAUGACACAUUUGGGCAUGCGUCUUAAUCAACUGGAGCAGCCACCCAUGGAGCAGGCCGUCUCCAAGCAAGCUCCGCUCAGCAUCCAGUGCAGCAGCAGCAGCUACAAUCGUGACACCUUCAGUCCCGUCUCCAGUGGCUAUGCCAGCGACAGUGAAUCAUCAUCAUCAUCAUCAUCCUCAAGCUGCCGUUCUCCAAUUGCUCAAUCUCUGCUGCAAAUUAGCAGCCCUGGCCAAGUGUGGCGUCCCUGGUAAAUUGGUGACAAUCUUCAUAUGGAUAACUUCAUCAAUGGGCAUAAAUGGCAAUCGCAAUGGCAGCAGCUUUACAAUGAAAUGCUUUACAAUGAUCUUCAUUUUAAUCGUUUAGUUUUGUUAACACGUUUUUGUUUAGGGUUUUAAGUUAAGUCUGUGAUAGGGCAUGCUUUAUUAUUGUAACUUUUGUCUACAUCAAGUCAGAAGUCUGUUUUUUUAUAUACUUAUAUGUAUGUUUACUAUACUUAAGAGAUCUCAACAUGAACUGAAAAGAAAAAUACAGAAAAAAGAAAACAAAUAUCAAUAUCGAAAA